AUGGCAUACAUGCUCAACCAAACCAUGACAGUCGUGCACGCUUCCGACAUUGCCGCCGCUCCCAGACACAAACAACCAGUCGCAUACCCGGACCAAUCACUAGUCACAAUAGUCCCUGAAGAAAGCGGGAUCUUUGGCGAUAGACUUGUCGCAACCUUCUUGCGUCCACUGGUCCCAGCAAACACAUCAUACCCUGCUAUCACGACCGACACACCGCAGUCUUUCAUCUGGGCCGUAUCGCCGACAGGUGGUAAUGCGACAGGCCAUGGGCCGCAGGGACGCGGAAUUGUAGCUGCUGCAAAUAUGGGUGCUGAAACUGCGCCGUAUAAUGGUCAAACAGGCAGUAUUGGUGCACCUGCCGCAGAAACAAAUCGUCAGGAUCUUAUGGUGCAGGCACAUGGCGCAUUGAUGUUUCUGGCAUUCAUGGUAUGCAUGCCCCUAGCUAUAUUCGCUGCCAUGUUUGCAAAGUGGCACGGAUUCUGGUUCAAGAUACACUGGGGACUGAUGUCACUAGCAGUCAUCUUCAUUGCUGUUGCGUUUGGAUUGGUGUAUGGCGAACGGUCUGAGCAAGGGGAUGAUCAUAUUGAUACGAACGAUGAAGGGUCUCAUUCGAUGGUCGGAAUAGUGGUAAUCGCACUAUCAUUCUUCCAAUGGGUAUGGGGUAUCAUGAUAGAUCGACUUUACAAUGAAAAGAGGACUGCGGUUCCGUGGUGGGAUUAUUUGCAUCAUUGGAUGGGACGUGCUAUUUUGAUUACUUCCUGGGUUGCCAUUGGUCUGGGAAUCUCCUUGUAUAAUAGCGGAAAUCCCAUAAAUACUGCCGUCAUCGGGAUCGUCUGGGCAUGGGGAUCGUUUAUAGUGGCCCUCUUCAUAAUCCUCCUCAUCAACAAAAUAAUCAUUCGCAGACGCCACGGUGGAAUCGACCCCACUCUUGAAAAAUCAGCAGAGACAAAGACAUCGUAUCUUCCUGACUUGCGGCAUACUCCAUCGGCCGUGGUUGAUGGACCAACGGGAGUAGAAGAUACUACUAAUGUGAAGACGGGAUUUAGACCUUGGAGCGUGCUGGCUGAUAGAAGAACCAGAAGGCCGAGACCGGUGACGCAGAGUAGUGCGGUUACAGAAACCACGAAUGAGACGUUGACGAAUGAUUAUUGA